AUGUCUGGAAGACGAGACUUCCUCAAUCAGCCGGCCCCCGAAAACUACGUUGCCGGUCUUGGUCGAGGUGCCACCGGUUUUACAACACGUUCAGAUCUUGGUCCAGCGCGAGAAGGCCCCAGCGAAGACCAGAUCAAAGAAGCUCUCGCAAAGCGCGCUGCACAACUCGGAGCAGCAGCACCCACAGCAUAUGGCGCAACAGAGAAGAAGGAGGAGGAAAACGACGAUGAUGAGCGCUUUCAGGAUCCCGAAAACGAGGUGGGCUUGUUCGCCGGUGGCGCAUACGACAAGGACGACGAUGAGGCAGAUCGCAUAUACCAGGAGGUAGACGAGAAGAUGGACAGGCGGCGGAAAGCUAGAAGGGAAGCUCGAGAAAAAGCAGAACAAGAAGAAUACGAACGAAAUAACCCCAAGAUCCAACAACAGUUUGCAGACUUGAAGCGCGCAUUGACGACAGUAAGCGACGAGGAUUGGGCAAAUCUACCAGAGGUCGGCGACUUGACUGGUAAGAACCGGAGGAACAAGCAGGCUUUGCGACAGAAGUUCUAUGCGGUGCCUGAUAGUGUCAUUGCCGGUGCGCGAGACUCCUCGGAGCUUGGUACCACCGUCGCAGAUGAUGGUCCGUCGGGAGAUAACGAGAGUGGCACGAUGACCAACUUUGCGGAUAUUGGAGCAGCAAGAGACAAGGUUCUGCAAGUCAGACUGGAUCAAGCGGGUUCUGGAACCGAUUCUGUUGCUGGAAGUGCGACAAAUAUUGACCCCAAAGGAUACCUCACGAGUCUGGCCAAAUCACAAGUCAACUCUGGCGAAGCACAAGUUGCGGACAUCAAGAGAGUUCGAGUUCUACUCGAGUCGGUCAUCCGAACAAAUCCCAAGCAUGCACCGGGAUGGAUUGCUGCUGCUCGAUUGGAAGAAUUGGCUGGGAAAACUGUUGCGGCGCGAAAUGUCAUUGCGCGGGCUUGUGAGUUUUGUCCAAAAAGCGAAGACGUCUGGCUGGAAAAUAUCAGACUGAAUGACAACCAUAACGCCAAAAUCAUUGCCGCAAAUGCUAUCAAGAACAACGACCGCUCAGUGAACCUCUGGAUCGAGGCUAUGAAGCUAGAAUCCGAAGCAAGGGCGAAGAAAAAGGUCAUUCGCCAUGCACUAGACCAUAUUCCGCAGUCAGUAAUGCUCUGGAAAGAGGCAGUAAACUUGGAGGAAGAUCCUGCAGAUGCCCGCCUCUUACUCGCCAAAGCAACUGAGAUUAUCCCGCUUUCAGUCGAACUAUGGUUGGCACUGGCUCGCCUUGAGACUUCUGAAAAUGCCCAGAAAGUUCUUAACAAGGCUCGUAAAGCUAUCCCUACAUCUCAUGAAAUUUGGAUUGCUGCUGCGAGACUGCAGGAGCAAAUCGGCAAUACGACGAUUAAUGUCAUGAAACGUGCUGUUCAGGCACUGGCCAAGGAGUCUGCUAUGUUGAAGCGAGAAGAGUGGAUUACGGAGGCUGAGAAGUGCGAAGAAGAGGAUGCUGUGUUGACUUGUGGCGCCAUCAUUCGCGAAACGCUUGGAUGGGGACUUGACGAAGAUGAUGAUCGGAAGGACAUCUGGAUGGAAGAUGCGCGGGCUAGUAUUGGCAGAGGAAAAUACGAGACAGCCCGAGCAAUUUAUGCAUAUGCACUACGAGUCUUUGUCAACAGUCGAAAGCUAUGGCUGGCUGCUGCCGAUUUGGAGAAGAACCACGGUACGAAAGAAGCCCUUUGGCAGACUUUGGAGAAAGCUGUAGAAGCAUGUCCGCAGAGCGAGGUCCUCUGGAUGAUGUUGGCAAAAGAGAAGUGGCAAGCUGGUGAGAUUGAUAAUGCUCGACGAGUUCUUGGCCGAGCUUUCAAUCAGAAUCCAAACAACGAAGACAUUUGGUUGGCGGCUGUCAAACUUGAAGCUGAGAAUAAGGAACCUGAGCAGGCCAGAAAGCUUCUGGAACAAGCCCGCCAAGAAGCACCUACUGAUCGAGUUUGGAUGAAGAGUGUUGCAUUUGAGCGACAGCUCGGUGAUGUUGAUGCAGCGCUUGAUCUCGUUAAUCAAGCACUUCAGCUGUUCCCAGGAUCAGCCAAGUUAUGGAUGAUGAAAGGUCAAAUAUAUGAAGCUGAUGGCAAGAUACCUCAGGCCCGUGAAGCGUACGGUACGGGUACCAAGGCUUGCACAAAAUCAGUACCUCUCUGGCUUCUCUACUCACGACUUGAGGAAAGAGUUGGCAACGUGGUCAAGGCUCGAGGUGUUCUUGACCGGGCUCGCUUGGCUGUACCAAAGUCGCCCGAGCUAUGGACUGAGUCUGUUCGAUUGGAAAGACGAGCAAACAAUGUCAGCCAAGCAAAAAAUCUCAUGGCUCAAGCUUUGCAACAAGUACCUACCAGUGGACUCUUGUACACCGAAUCAAUCUGGCAUCUCGAAGCGCGUACCCAGCGGAAACCCAGAGCACUGGAAGCUAUCAAGAAAGUUGACAACGACCCAAUUCUGUUCGUCACUAUCGCGCGCAUUUUCUGGGGAGAGCGAAGAUUGGAGAAGGCACAGAACUGGUUCGAGAAAGCCAUUCUACUGGACAGUGAUAUUGGUGAUGCAUGGGCUUGGUACUACAAGUUCCUUAUGCAGCAUGGAACUGAUGAAAAACGAGCAGAUGUGAUCGCAAAAAUGAUUCUUAGUGAGCCGAGACAUGGAGAAGUUUGGCAAAGCGUUGCCAAGGAUCCCAAGAACGCUGGGAAGAGCCAUGAGGACAUCCUCAAACUUGUUGUGGGUAAAUUGGAGUAA